AUGGCGCCCAACACCAUCAAAGUAACCCUCACCCAACUGGCCAAAAUGAUCGACCACUCCCUCCUCCACCCAACAAUGACAGACGCCGACAUUCUCAAGGGCCUCAAAAUCUCUCGCGACAACAACGUCGCUACAGCCUGCGUAAAACCAUACCUGAUCCCACUCGCCAAGAAAGAACUCACCGGCUCAACCGUCAAGGUCUGCCCGGUUAUCGGCUUUCCACACGGCAACAGCACCACCGAGAUCAAAGUCAUCGAGGCCACCGAUGCCGCAAAGGCUGGAGGAGCUGAGAUCGAUAUGGUUGUUAAUAUCGGCAAGGUCCUCGGUGGGGACUGGGAGUAUGUUACCAAGGAAAUCCGUUUGAUCAAUGAGGCAGUUGUUGCCAACGGCGCUAUACUGAAGGUGAUCUUUGAGAACGACUAUCUCCAACCAGAGCAUAUUGCGCGCCUGUGUGUAAUCUGCACUGAGAUUGGUGUCGCAUUUGUUAAGACGUCGACGGGGUACGGGUUUGUGAAGCAGGCGGAUGGGUCGUAUAACUACAAGGGUGCGACGGUGCGAGAUCUAAAGCUGAUGCGAGAAAAUUCUGGAGAGAAAGUCCAGAUCAAGGCCGCUGGGGGUGUGAGGACUCUGGACGACUUGCUGCAUGUGAUGAGCUUGGGUGUUACGCGCAUUGGGGCCACGGCUACCAUCGCGAUUCUGGAGGAUGCUAAGAGUCGUGGUAUUGGUGAAGAGCCUGUUGAGGUUGAGUUUAAGCCGAUGGAGCAAGGCGAAACUGGUGGUUAUUAG